GUAAAUAAUUGAACUGCAGGUCCGACACACACAGUGCUUCUCACAGGUCAGCCUCAGACCCGCCGUCCCAGAGGGCUUGGAGGGCCAGCCGGCCAGCAGGCCUCAGCCCCUCCAUAUUCUGAGGGCCGCCAAGCCUGUGGGCACCGCCAGGUUGGUCAGCGGUGCCAGGUGCUGCAGGAUGGAGGCAGCCCCUGAGUCCCUGCAGCAGGGCAGGGGGCUGGUGCUAGUCCGCCGGCAGCCCCCUGCGCAGAAGGGUCUACUGGAGAGGCUGAAGGCCAGGCUGUGGCAGAGCUGCACCUGCAGUGUGCCACGAGCCUGGGCGCUGGUGCAGAGCCUGGUGCCCGCCACACGCUGGCUGCGUGAGUACCGUCCGCGGGAGGAUCUGGCGGGCGACGUCAUGUCGGGCUUGGUCAUCGGCAUCAUCCUGGUGCCACAGGCCAUUGCCUACUCCCUGCUGGCCGGACUGCAGCCCAUCUACAGCCUGUACACAUCCUUCUUUGCCAACCUCAUCUACUUCCUCAUGGGCACCUCGCGCCACGUCAACGUGGGCAUCUUCAGCCUCCUGUGCCUCAUGGUGGGGCAGGUUGUGGACCGCGAGCUCCAGCUGGCUGGCUUCGACCCCUCCCAGGAUGGCCUGGGGCCUCAGGGCAACAGCAGCACCCUCAACAGCUCCACCACCUCCCUGGUGCUGGGGCCACCAGGCUGCGGGCGGGACUGCCACGCCAUCCGUGUCGCCACGGCCCUCACGCUGGUGGCUGGCAUCUACCAGGUCCUCAUGGGCGUCCUUAGGUUGGGCUUCGUGUCCACCUACCUCUCUCAGCCCUUGCUCGACGGCUUUGCCAUGGGGGCCUCCGUGACGAUCCUGACCUCGCAGCUCAGGCACAUGCUGGGCGUGCGGGUGCCCCGGCACCAGGGCCCAGGCAUGGUGAUCAGCACGUGGCUGAGCCUGCUGCGCAGCCUGGCGCAGGCCAACCUGUGUGACGUGGCCACCAGCGCCGUGUGCCUGGCAGUGCUUCUAGCGGCUAAAGAACUUUCAGACCGCUGCCGGCACCGCCUGAAGGUGCCGCUGCCCACGGAGCUGCUGGUCAUCGUGGUGGCCACCCUGGUCUCUCACUUUGGGCAGCUCCACAGGCGCUUUGGCUCCAGCGUGGCGGGCGACAUCCCCACUGGCUUUGUGGCCCCACAGGCACCAGACCCCAGGUUGAUGCAGCGUGUGGCGCUGGACGCAGUGUCCCUGGCCCUGGUGAGCUCGGCCUUCUCCAUCUCGCUGGCGGAGAUGUUUGCCCGUAGCCAUGGCUACUCCGUCCGCGCCAACCAGGAGCUCCUGGCCGUGGGCUGCUGCAACGUGCUGCCCGCCUUCUUCCACUGCUUUGCCACCAGCGCAGCGCUCUCCAAGAGCCUGGUGAAGACAGCCACCGGCUGCCGGACACAGCUCUCCAGUGUGGUCAGUGCUGCUGUGGUGCUGCUGGUGCUGCUGGUGCUGGCCCCACUGUUCUGGGACCUGCAGCGGAGCGUGCUGGCCUGCAUCAUCGUCGUCAGCCUGCGGGGAGCUCUGCGCAAGGUGAGGGGCCUCCCACGGCUGUGGCGGCUGAGCCCAGCAGAUGCGCUGGUGUGGGUGGCCACUGCGGCCACCUGCGUGCUAGUCACCACUGAGGCCGGGCUGCUCGCUGGGGUGCUCCUCUCGCUGCUCAGCCUGGCAGGCCGCACACAGCGCCCUCGGGCGGCCCUGCUGGCCCGCAUUGGGGACUCAGCCUUCUACGAGGAUGCCACGGAGUUCGAGGGCCUUGUGCCUCAGCCCGGGGUGCAGGUGUUCCGCUUUGCAGGGCCACUCUACUAUGCCAACAAGGACUUCUUCCUGCGGUCACUCUACAGCCUUACUGGGCUGGAUGCGGGGCGCUCAGCUGCCACAAGGAGGGAGCCAGGCUCAGAGAUGGGGGUUGGAGAGGGAGAGCCAGUUGAUGGCAAGGACCUGGGUUCAGUGACCAGCAGGGCCAGGCUGGUGCCCAUGGUGACUGGCUUCCACACGGUGGUCAUUGACUGUGCCCCACUGCUGUUCCUGGAUGUGGCUGGCAUGGCCACACUGAAGGACCUGCGCCGUGAUUAUUGGGCCCUAGGGGUCACCCUGCUUCUGGCCUGUUGCAACCCCUCGGUGAGGGAUGCUCUGAAGAGAGGGGGCUUCCUCGGUGAGGACCAGGGCCCCGAGGAUGAGCAGCUGUUCCCCAGCGUGCACAGCGCUGUGGAGGCCGCCCGUGCCCGCCGUGGGGAGCUCGUGGUUCCUGACUCUGCCCUCUAGCAGGGCCAGGGUCUUCUGGCAUCCACUCCCCCCCCCAUCAGCCAUCACUGAGCUCCUUCUCCAGGAGCCUGCCAAGGGCUAGAGUCACCCAAGGAUGCAAUCUUGGGCCACCUCUGCCAUGGAGAAGCCAGGGCACCUCAACUGAAAAGGGAAAGGGCAGCACUCGAACACACAUGAGAGCCCCACACGCUCCGCCUAAAACCUGGGCUGCCACCCUGGUGCCAGCAACACACACGGUCCCUCGGCCCAAACUCAGAGAGACCAUGCCCGGUCUGACACUCUAUGUCACUGUCUGAUUUGAACAGAUUCCCACAAAUGGUGUGGCCUUCAAGGCGUCAAAAGGACACCCCAUCCCUGGGCCUACCCAGCCCCUGCCUCACAGGGAGGAGCUGGACAAGGGACCAUGGGCACCAGGGCCUAUUUCUGGAAGGCCACCAUACCCAAGUGCUCCUCACACCUGGUGCUCACCCCUGGCCAAGACUUGCAUGGCUGGUCCAGUGUCAGGGACAAGGUGGGAGAGCAACCUUGGUCCAGCCCUCAGGUGCACUGUCCCCGGACAGCUCUGCCAAUGGCCACACAGCCUGGAGCACCUGUCCUCACACAAGAACCAGGUGCAGCAAAUGCAGCCAGAUACUAACCUCCAAAGUGACUUCCAGGGCGAACCCAGCUAUGCCCCUUCCAGGGAUCCAGGGCCUCUGGGCACACAGUGGGCUUCCAGCAUUACCAGCCAGGAUGUCCCCCUCCUGCCUUCCCCAGUGGAGGCUCUGACAGGAAUGCCUCUGCAGGGCUAUGUGUCUUCAGAGCAGCCCCCAGCUCUGUUCCCCAUGAUGCCAUUCCCCGCUGCCCUGCACUGUCCUCCACAGCUGGCCCACAAGACCAGGCCUACCUCUUCAGUGUCUGUGUAAGGUGGGCUCUGGCCAGCAGCCCAGUAUGCCUGCCCCAGCAUCACCCACCUGGCUGUGAUGAGGUCCAGCAGCCAAUGUGUCCGGACUUGCUUGAUGCCACCAUGAGGGACAGCACCCACGUAGGCAAGGUUGAGCUGCUGGUCCCAGCUGAGGUCGUAGUGGGCAGCCUGCUCAUGUGGCAGUGGGGGACUGGGGAUAGGACAAGGUACUCUGUGUUCACCCUGGGGGCUACAGUGGAGCAGCCUCCACACAUCUGGCCCUGCCUGCCCAGUAGACAUGGUGCCUGUGCGUCCAGUGAGUGACAAAAUGACCCCUCCAGCAGGAAUGCCAUGUGGUCUUGUCCUGGUGGGCUGGGAGCUCCCACAGGACUCUUGCCCUGCCAGACAGGGAAGGGUCUCAGCUCUCCAAGGAGGAGGCCGGUAUCACCCAGGGGUGGGAGUCAUCCCCCAAACCGCUGGGCUGCCCGUUUGGGGAGUCAGGAAGAGGGCAUCCUGAGCCCACAGCCUAAGUACCCACCAGGACUCUUCAGACUCCUGGCCACAGGGAAAGCUCAGGGCUGACCCCAGAUAUCCAGCACAGAGAGCACUCAUUCAAACGUGGAGUGGAGGGGAGAGGAGAGAAGACCCCCACCUGAGCCACAGAGCAAGUAGCUUGGUGGGUCCUGACUCCCUAGGGCCCACAGUGUGAAGGGCCGUGAGCCCGAGGGUUUCCCCAGAUGCGACAGGGGACCUCAGCAGCAAGGUGGGCGCCCUGCUCUGGGGGGCCUCCCGGGCCUCAGCGGCCCGCGCGGGGUGGCUCACCAGAAGCCGGUGCUCCUCCAGAAGUGCCGCAGGGGCCGCAGCGUGCGCGCCGCGUCCACGCGCACCAGGUGCGGGGCCUCAGCCAGGGCGGUGGCCAGGAGGGUGGCCAGGACCGCGAGCCGCGCGGCGCGGGGGCUCAUGGCCGCAGGCGCCGGCCGGAGGGCUCCCCACCUGCAGGACCAGAGGGUCAGACCAGCCGUUCCGCCUGCGGGGGGCGGAGGGGGGCACCCACGUGACCGCCGCGGCGGAGGCCGAGGGCGGGGCCUCGCGGCCUGGAGGGGCGGCGGCUGGAGGCCCUCUUCCUGGUGCACUACGCGGGUCCCCUGUGUCCCUGCGGAAGCCCGCAUUGCGAGCCCGCAUUGCUGUGAGGGCGGUGGCCUUGGGAGAGCGUCUCAGUCAUGCUCGGCGGGUGGCCCAAGAGCGACUGGGUCCUAGGGCAGGGCAGGGGCUGCGUGAAGUGGUCAGGGCCUGGCCCACUGCGAGGCCUGAGGGAUUGGAGGUGGGGGUGAGAAGGAUUCAGAGGGGCACCGGAGCAGGUGUGGCCAGAGGCCGCGCUGCCUUUGAGCAGUCGGGUGGCGACUUCUAAUGGACAGCUGAUGAGCCGGCUGAUGUCCUGGGGAGGUAAGCUCGGAGGUGUGUAAAGCUUAAGGUCUGAAGUUUGGACGCAAGCAGGUAGGCUAUAGCAACGGGCAGUUCAGCAGUCAGCUUUCGUGACAGGGUGAACACCCCUCCCUGCCCCCUUCCCCGGACAGCAGGAGCUCAUCCCUGGAGCCAGCCGAGGUCACAGUUCUGGACGGUGAUUCUAAGUCGUGGGUCACCAGGACAGCUGUGAAGGGAAGGCUGAAGGAGAAAAGGGACAUGGGCGGAGCAGGUGCUGGGGAGGGAUGGGUCCUGGGGUGAAGCACAUCCCCGGCAGGAGCCCAGGGCACAGCUGGGGCAGGCCUACUGGGCAGACAGAUCUGCAGAGCUGACCUAGAGGCAGAGGGCACCGAGAUGGUGGCGCAGACUUUGAGAGCAUGGAGAAGAAGGCAGAGGCGUCCCACCAGGGUCCUGGGCCGGUGCCAGGUAGAGCGUCACCCACACAGGCCUGUGUUGCCAGCACUUGGGAAGCUGAGGCAGGACUCCAAGUUCCAGGCCAGCCUCAGAAAUUUAGCAACAUCCAUCUCAAAAAAAAAAAAAAAAAUAAGAAGAAGAAGGAGGAGGAGGAGGACGACGACGGCGGCAGGGACGGCAGCGACUGGGGUGUAGAUCAGGGGUAACGCACCCCUGGGUUCAAUCCCUAGUACUGGGGGGAAAAAAAGCUAAGCAGUAACUCAUGUGAAACUUAAGCCUGUGAAGCAGAAAGUACAUGUGCCGGGCAGAAUCCAUAAGAGGUGACUCUCACCUGCACCUAUUGUAGCAGAACUGGAAACCAAGAAAGGUCGCAGCAAGAUUUUAAGAGGAACCAGAAGAAAAGUUCAGGUCACCUGCAGAGGAAGGCCAUUGACUGACAGCGGCGAAGGAGACAGGGGCAGUGGGGGCAGGAAGCCAGGACCGUUGCCCGGUGGUGGGAGAACCACAGGAAUGGGGUGCUGGGGCACAAUGCAGCUCACCACCCUGCGGUCCAGGAGCUGGGAGCUUGAUCCUCAGGGUGGUGAUGUGGGAGGUGGGACCUUGCAGAGGUGGAUCCUAGAUGCUGGGGCGCUGCCCUCCCCAGGGAUUGUGGGAUCCCAAUGUCUCUAGCUUCUUGUCUUGAGAUGUGAUCUCUCACUCCCACAGGCAUCCCUGCCAUCUGCCAGGGGGCUCUCACCAGAGCCAGUGUCAUGCUGCUUCACAGCCUCCAAAUAUAGGAGCUAAAUAAACCUCUUUUCUUUAUAAAGCUA